CUAAAGCCGCGCUCGCGCCGUUCCUGCUGCCCGUUUGCGCGCACACAUAAGUUGAAAUCGCUCAAGCUCUGUCUUCGUCAUUAUCGUCAUCAUCUUCAGCAGCGGCACUAGCAGCAGCAGCAGUAGCAGCAGCAGGAACAGCAGCAGAACCGCCCUAUAGACAACCACACACACACACACACAGAGGGCCCCCUCCCAACGCUACAACAACCAUAACCCGCAGGCUCUAGCUCUUCGACCCCACCCCCCAACUCCCUCUGUGAGAGGGGACGCUGCGAGAAUCACAGAUACACACACACACUGACACACAGACAGGGAGACACGGAGGAGAGGAGCGUCCGUGGACCGUGGCUGUGUUCUGCCCCCAAUCCGGGCCUAAUGCUGUAGUAAAGGAGCGACAGAGAGAGACCGCGCUGUGACUGAGAGUGGAGAGGAGGGACAGGGCGGACCACAGCCACCAUCACCACCACCAUCACUGCUACUGCGACCGGAGGAUUGUUUCUUCGCCUGGAAACAUGGGAUGUACACUGAGCGCCGAAGAGCGCGCAGCUCUGGACCGGAGCAAGGCCAUCGAGAAGAACCUGAAGGAGGACGGAUUGGUGGCCGCCAAGGACGUCAAAUUGCUAUUGCUCGGCGGCGGAGAAUCCGGAAAGAGCACAAUUGUCAAGCAGAUGAAGAUUAUCCACGAAGAUGGCUUUUCGGGGGAUGAUGUGAAGCAAUAUAAGCCAGUGGUCUACAGCAACACCAUCCAGAGCUUGGCAGCCAUCCUACGAGCCAUGGACUCUCUUGGCAUAGAGUUUGGAGACAAAGACAGAAAAGCCGAUGCUAAGCUGGUCUGUGAUGUGGUCAGUCGUAUGGAGGACACAGAGCCUUACUCUGCAGAGCUCCUGGCAGCCAUGAAGCGUGUCUGGGCUGAUGCCGGGACUCAGGAGUGUUUCAAUCGAGCUCGAGAAUAUCAGCUGAAUGACUCCGCUCAAUACUACCUGGACAGCCUAGACCGGAUCGGAGCAGCAGAGUACCAGCCCACUGAGCAGGACAUUCUAAGGACCAGAGUGAAGACCACUGGCAUUGUUGAAACCCACUUCACCUUUAAAAAUCUUCACUUCCGGCUGUUUGAUGUGGGUGGUCAGAGGUCGGAGAGGAAGAAGUGGAUCCACUGCUUUGAAGAUGUGACAGCCAUUAUCUUCUGUGUGGCUCUGAGUGGAUACGACCAGGUGCUGCAUGAAGACGAAACAACUAACCGCAUGCAUGAGUCGCUCAUGCUCUUUGACUCCAUCUGUAACAAUAAGUUCUUCAUCGACACCUCCAUCAUCCUCUUCCUCAACAAGAAAGAUCUGUUUGCUGAAAAGAUCAAGAAGUCGCCCUUGACCAUCUGUUUCCCCGAAUACACAGGUGCUAACACUUACGACGAUGCUACCGGCUACAUUCAGGUUCAGUUUGAGAGUAAGAACCGUUCUCCUAACAAGGAGAUCUACUGUCACCUGACCUGUGCCACUGACACAGGGAACAUCCAGGUAGUGUUUGAUGCUGUCACUGACAUCAUUAUUGCAAAUAACCUGAGAGGGUGUGGCUUAUACUGAGGCCGGCCAAGCACACAGUCUGUCCUGGAGAGUAUGAGGGUGUUAAUAAAGAUAAUUUUGACGAUAACAAAACACAUAAAUACGUAAUUCUACAUGUCCAAACGGACCCAAAGAGCUGCCGUCAGACACCACACUGGAUUAUUGCCAUGAUUUUGAUCCUUUGUCUAAUUUUUUAUUUAGCUGUAAAAAACCCAGUUUUGUCAUAUCAUGAUUUCUGAGCUGACUGUCUGUCAAUGAUUUGUCUAUGAAGAGGCAGAAGACACAGCACUAGGGGAUUUGUCCAGCUUUGUUUUUACAAGGAUUAGGCAGAAAAACUAGAAAAGCACCAUAGAGAGCACACCGUGUCUUUUUUGUAAAAGCACAACAGGAAAUAUUGUCUGAUUCUUUGUGACUGUUUUGUUAAACAUGCAACAUUUGUGGCAUUUGGAUUCAAUCCCUGGUGUUUCUGCUGUGAAAAGUUACACAUGUUUAUAGGUUAGUGUGUGUUAAGGUCAUGAUUAUAAUACUGAGUGUUAUGGUUGGAAAGAAGGAGGCUGUUUUAAAUGGCUGUUUAAAGUGACAGAGCUGGCAGCUCUCUUUACUCCAUAACAAAGUCGUUACCUGUUUUAAUUUGCCUGGAAAAGAAUCAGGAAACAGCCGUCCGACGAUCAAAUCUGAAAAUAGGAAAAUCAUAUCAGUGCCAACCAUCUGAAAACAUGUGGAUUGGGAUGAGAAAGCACAGCUCACGUUAUCAUCUGUUAUCAUUUAAAUUAUUGUUAUAACUUAAAUAUUGUUAUUAUUGAAUAAUUUAUUUACCCUUGUGCCCUAUGCACCUCCUCGUUCUCCUCCUACCUCCUUAAAUCCCGUGCCACAUAUUUAUUUCCUGUCAUGAAAAACUGGGGUACAUGAAACCGAUCUGCACAUCGAAGGGUACAAAUCCAUCCACCCCGUCUGACAUCUGAUUCUCCGUGUGGUGCUUGAACCCUUCCAUGUAAACUAGUGUAGAAAUAGACCAAUGCGCAUGGAGAACAAUAUAAUUUGAGGCAGCCUUAUUCUCGAAAGUGGGGAUCGUUUUUUGAUUGUUUUUGUCUUUAAGACCUUUUCUCUUCUGAUUAGUCAACAGGAACCACUGUCAGCCAAGUUUCUUUUUUUUUAUUUUACAGAGGGAAAAAAAAUCCUCUUCUCAUUCUCACCUGUACACCCAGGAAUUCACCUUCCCACUCCUGUAUAAUCACUCCUUUCACAUAUCAGUCCCUAUAUCCCAUCUUCACCUUAAAAGCACCGUACUGUAUAUAUAUAUAUUAUGAUCAUACCAGAUUUUUUUUUACUGUGAAUGUUUUCGUGCCGCACCCCAUUCUGUUUAGUAGAUUCUCGGUUGCUCUCAUGUGGAAUGUUUGUGCUGAGCCAAUCGAAUGUUGUGUUUACAUUAAAGCCACACUUUUCCUAA